AUGCCUCCUGUGAACGGCGCAAAUGGUACCACCCAUUCGUGGACGUCUUUGCCUCAGGCAAUGUCCCAGGCGGUGUCCUCUCUGAACAAGUCCUUGGACAAGGAUCCUCAAUGGCAAGCAUUCAUCGACACCAAGGCCAUUUUUGAAACGGUGACCAUGGGCGUGCAGAGUCUCGGAGGAGACGAGGCUAUUCUCGUCACAGUGUCACCCGGUGCCAAAACAACAACUUCAACCGGGUCUCCUUCCGAAGCAGACUUUGUUCUUCGAGCGCAACCCGAACAGUGGGAGAAAUUCUUUGCCGCUGACCCCGUCGCUCCCUAUACCAGCUUUGUCGGCUUGCAGGGCAUGAAUAUCGUGCAAGAAGGAGUCGGCGUCGACGGAAACCAAGUCAAGUUCGCUCAGUACUGCCACCUGGCUACCCGUCUUCUCGAACUCCUUCGAGAGGGCCAGAACGGACCCACGAAGGAGGAUGAACAACCCGAGACCGAUGAAGACCACCUAACGGGCAAAUAUAUCUACAUCACCGCACCCGUCUGGGGCCGCACAAAGGUCUUUUAUGAGACUUCCGGCACCGGCCCCCAGCAGAUCGUGUUCCUGCAUACGGCAGGAAGUGACAGCAGGCAGUAUCACGGUGUAAUGAACGACGCGCGCAUGCGCGAGAAAUGCACCAUGAUCGCCUUUGACUUACCCGCUCAUGGGAGGAGUUUUCCCGGUAGCAACCACAUCCCAGGAAACCAUACGAACAACGAGGACGCGUAUGUUGGUACCAUCAGGGAAAUGGUCAAGGCGUUGAAACUCGACAAGCCCAUCAUUUGCGGUGCCAGUAUGGCGGGUCAAGUAUGUGUUGCUGUCGCGAUCAGAGCCGAGGAAGUCGGUGCCGGAGGCACCAUUCCUCUCCAGGGUUGCGACUAUUUGACCAUGGAUCGACAGUUCAACGACAAGAGCCCUGUGUGCAAUCAAGCAUUGUUCAACCCAGACUGGGUCUACGGCAUGAUGGCACCUCAAAGCCCCAAGGUCAACAAGCUGCUCAUCUGGCAUCUAUACUCGGGCCAAGCGUACGGCAUCUUCCACGGCGACCUGGAUUUCUACUUUGGCGGCUUCGACGCCCGUGACCGCGUCUCGUCCAUCGACGUCAAGAAGUGUCCCAUCUACUUCCUCACCGGCGAAUACGACUGGUCCACGACUCCCGAGAUGUCCCAGACCACUGCGAAGAAGAUCCACGGCGCAAAUUUCAAGGCCAUGAAAGGGCUAGGCCAUUUCCCGGCGACGGAGGAUCCCAGGAAAUUCGUGCCGUACCUCCUCGACGCGAUCGAGUGGAUCCAGAAGACCCGGGCAUCCUGA